CUUCCCCACCAAGUACCCCACCAUCCAAUAUCGACCGACGAGAUGUCCCGCGCCCGAGUGUACGCCGACGUAUGCGAGUCGCGUCCUCGUGAGUAUUGGGACUACGAGAACUUGAACGUGAGCUGGGGGGACCAGGACUCGUACGAAGUGUGCCGCAAGAUCGGUCGCGGCAAGUACAGCGAAGUGUUUGAAGGUGUGAAUGCCGCAAACGGCAGCAAAUGUGUCAUCAAAAUCCUCAAGCCCGUCAAGAAGAAGAAGAUCAAGCGCGAGAUCAAGAUCCUGCAAAACCUUAGCGGCGGAACGAAUAUUGUCCAGCUUCUGGACGUCGUGCGCGACCCGCAGUCGAAGACACCGUCGUUGGUAUUCGAGUACAUCAACAACGCCGACUUCAAGACGCUGUACCCGACGCUGACGGACUUUGACAUUCGGUACUACAUUUUUGAGUUGUUGAAGGCAUUGGACUUUUGCCACUCCAAUGGCAUCAUGCACCGAGAUGUGAAGCCGCACAACGUCAUGAUUGACCACGAGAAGCGCCAGCUGCGGCUCAUCGAUUUUGGGCUAGCCGAGUUUUACCAUCCGAACCGAGAGUACAAUGUGCGUGUGGCGAGCCGCUACUUCAAGGGCCCGGAACUGCUGGUGGAUAUGCAAGAAUACGACUACUCGCUCGACAUGUGGAGUGUCGGGUGCGUGCUCGCGGGCAUGAUCUUCAAGAAGGAACCGUUUUUCCAUGGCCAUGACAACUGCGACCAACUCGUCAAAAUUGCUAAAGUGAAAGGGACGGAAGAACUCUUCGACUACCUCACCACGUACGACCUGGAACUGGACCCGCAAUACGACGGCAUCCUCGGCACGCACUCGAAGAAGCCAUGGGAUAAGUUUAUCACCCCCGACAACAAGCACCUCGUGUCCGCCGAUGCGCUGGACUUUUUGGACGGAUUGCUCAAGUUUGACCACCAGGAGCGUCUGACGGCCAAGGAAGCGAUGGCCCACCCGUACUUUCAAAGUGUCCGAGAGUACCACGACAGCAAGAAGCCGCAGCCCGAGUACUCGUCGAGCCCCGGCGACGCCAGCUCAUAAACUCCACUCCCCCGUCCUCCCGAGCUACAACGACCUCCAUGCACUCCCUCCUCUCCCCACUUUAGAUAUCACUCCGAGACAUAAGGCGUCGAUAGCUUUCACCUUUUCACCAAUAUCGUCGUUGGGUGUUGAGCG